AUGCGCUCCGUGUCGCUCCUAUCGCUCGGCGCUUUGGCACCGCUCGCCGCCCUCGCCGCGCCGACUAGUCUCAAUGGCAACAUCUUCAAGCGAGAGAACUUGUGUAGCUUGAGUGAACCGCCCGAGAACUGUCAACCCGACCCGAAUGUGUCGGUGGAAGAGACGGCACGCAGAGCGUACGAGUUCUACCGCGCCUUCAUCGUCGAUGGAGACCCGCGCAAGAUGUUCUCGCUUAUCGACACCGUAUACAAGCAAAACACGCCCGGAUACGCUAGCGGACCCAACGCCAUCUGGCCUCUCUUCUGUGGCGGAAGGAUUGUUGGCACCGAGGCAAACACCGGCUGGUGCUUCGAUGCUGCCACCAACAUGUCGUACGCGCGGUACGCUACCAUUGACAGGUGGCGAUGGGUGGACGGCUGUGUCCACGAACACUGGGACCAAGGCGAGAAGAUGCCACCCCAGGACGCAUGCUUCGUCCUGCCGGCCGAGGGCGAGGAGCCCGUUGAAGAGACCCCGGUUGUGCCCACUGAGCAGGAAUCUGGAGAAGAAGAGCCCAUCGAGGAGGUUCCUGCUGAAGAGGAGCCUGUUGAGGAAGUCCCUGCUGAGGGUGAGCCUGUCGAGGAGGAGCCUGUCGAGGAGGAGCCUGUCGAGGAGGAGCCUGCCGAGGAAGAACCUGCUGAGGAAGAGCCCGUAGAGGAAGAGGAUGAUGUUUGUGAGGAGCCAGUUGAAGAAGAGCCCGUCGAGGAAGAGCCUGUCGAGGAAGAGCCUGUCGAGGAGGAACCUGUCGAGGAGGAGCCUGUUGAAGAGGAGGAGCCAGCUGACGAAGAGCCAUAG